CUAUUUCCAGGAACGCUGGUCCUGUACCAUUGACAGGGCUUCCCUAGGGAGUUCAAGUCCAGUUGGCUCUUUAUCAUCGGAGGACCAUGACUUUGACCCAACUGCAGAAAUGUUAGUUCAUGAGUAUGAUGAUGAGAGGACUCUGGAAGAAGAGGAGUCUCUAGAAGGCGGGAGGAAUUUCAGCUCUGAACUUGCAGAUCUGGAAAAGGAAGGGAACAUGCCUUUGGAGGAACUGCUGGCUAUUUAUCGCUAUGAGGCCUCAGCAGGUUCCAGUAUAGACAGUUCCUCUGGAGACCUGACCGAUGAGCUUCCUGAUAUGACUUUAGAUAAGGAGGAAAUCGCUAAAGACCUGUUGUCAGGAGAUUAUGAGGAGGAGACCCAAUCCUCAGCUGAUGACCUGACUCCCUCAGUUACUUCCCAUGAGGCCACAGAUUUCUUCCCAAGAACACUUCGAUCCAAUGCCAUUGAUGGUGAUAAAGAGUCUGAGUGUGAUGAAGAUGGCCCAAGUCCUGAGGACUCCAGAAAAGAAAUCAUGGUUGGAACAGAGUACCAAGCAGACGUCCCUUCUUGCCUCUGUCACUACAAAGAUGGAGAAAAAGUUUAUGAUGAUCAAGAUGAGUUACUAUGGAGCCCAGGUGUUUUGUCAGAAAGCAAAGUUAAGGGGUUCCUCUCUGAAGUAUUGUCACGAACAACAGAUGAAAAGACAGUACAUGACAAACCAUCGAUUCAUGUUCGAGACAAUGGGGAGGCCUUGUAUGAGCUUGUCAAAUGCAACUACAACACCCGUGAAGCACUAGAGAGAUACUGCAGCCAUUUAAAGUCCUCAAAAGAAAAGUCACCUCAGUGGUCAGAAGAGGAAUGUAAAAACUUUGAACAUGCACUGCAAAUGUAUGACAAGAAUUUUCACCUCAUUCAGAAACACAAAGUCCCAACACGAACAGUGGCAGAAUGUGUGGCGUUUUAUUACAUGUGGAAAAAGUCGGAGCGCUUUGACAUCUUUGUGCAGCAGAAUCGGUUUGGGAAGAAAAAGUAUAGUAGCUAUCCAGGUGUAACGGACCUGAUGGACAGGCUGGUGGAUGAAGCUGAGGGCCUAGCGGUGGACAGCUCCUCUCCUGUAUGUUCAGGUCCAGGUGGAGGAGGAAGGAUGGAGAGCACCACGGAACAGCAGCUCAGCCUGCUCAACUCCAUCACUGCUAGUGACCUCACAGCGUUGAGCAACACUGUAGCUACAGUAUGCACCCCCGGUGAGGUUGGUUGCAUGGACUCGUACAGCUUUCAACCUCUGGACGGUCUCCAUCGUGGAUCCCUGAGCCACGAUGAAUCCCUUGGGUUCCCUUCUAAUGGUGGAGACCCUGACUGCCUCAACAUGCUGGACGCAGGCUUCUACCAUUCAGACCUGAGCCAGCUUGGAGGAGUGUGCGUCAGCAAGGACUGUGAGCGGCCGUCCAAGAGACUCAAGAUGGCACUGCCUGACUCUUUUAUCAGUGACGUGUCUGUAGGUAACCUUGGGGUGGACUUUGAAUCACGACGAACGACGACGCAUCACCAUCGAAUCACGGGCGCCAAGAUGGCCGUGUCGGUUACAGACUUUGGUAGCUUGGCCGGCAGUGGCGAGCCUAACGGGUUUCUAGGAGCACAUGCGCGGCACCACACACAGCACACAGCAGCACUUCAGUCAGAGUGAUCCUCUUUGUCUUUCUCUCUGUUCUUCCCUUUUGAAACCAUUUUCCUGCUUGUACAUAAGACUGACCUCACUGGAAAAUCUGAUUUGUUUAAAUUCUAUUAUAUAUAUAUAUAUAUAUCUAUAUGUAUAUGAAAAUACUUUUUUUAUUUUUUUGUGUAAUAUGACAUCAGUGAUGUCUAUCAUAUAGAACUAAAAUCUUGAUUUCUCUCAAGAGUUUAUAUAGCCAUUUAUUUUAUUUUUGUUUGUGUUUUGAGAUGCGUAACGUCCAUGUAGAGUGGGGCCCAGAAGCUGCAGGAGAGUUGUGAAUCUUCCUCCCUCACAUUUACACACAUCUUCCGAUAGUCUGUUAUCCCCUCAUUCUUUUCAGCUGCCAAAAUUAGUUUAUUUCAUCUGUCGCUAGUCGUUAACAUUUAAUUGACUUUUCUUUUGUUGUUUGAAGUGGUACUUUUUAAUUUAAUUUUUUAUUUGAAGAUGGUGUUUGGUUUACAGGUACUUUUCAGUAACCACAUUGGUGCAGAUGGUUUAAUUUGGUCUCCAGAAAAAUAUGGAUAUAUAUUGUAUAAGGAACACUAGCACAGAGAUUAUUUGGAGUCCAGGAAGUGACAUAGAUUUAGCAGUAUAGGCCCUCCUGUUUGGCUUUUUCUUUUUUUGAAGCUUGUCUGUAGUUUUGAGUGUCUGCUUCUGUUCAGAUUGGCCGUACUGGAAAAUGUAAAUUUGUUUAUAUUUUUUUAUUUAUAUCCCUUUUAGUCAAACACAAAUUCCAGGCCUUGAGUUGUUUUACUACUAUACUUCUAAACAGUUGGCGAAGAAUACAUUUGCAGAAUCAUUUCAGUCACCUUGCUUUCCUGUUUCUCCCCGUUUCAAAAUCUUGCCAGGAGGGUAUCAGCAAACUGUAUCAGCAAUAUAGCAAUGCAACGAUUUUGCUUUGGGUUAAUAGCCAUUGAAACACUGACACAGUAAAGUUUUUAUUUAUUGAAUAUACUUUAACCUUUUGAGAUUUUGUUUAAUCCCUUGAGUUAAUAACUUGCGCUGCUUUUAGGCAGGUUUAGCUGUAAAUGUUUAUUGUAAAAAGAGGAUAUGUUCAUAAAUAAAGUAGCGCCAUUUUUCAAGCUACUAGCAACUUUUGGUAAACCUGCUAGCAGUAUUAAGUUUAAAACCUCUCUGAUUUUGUAUUGAACCUCUGCCUAGCCUGUACUGACUAGAGAUGCCUUUUUGAAAUCCAGUUGAAUAUUUCCUGGGAGUUUGGUAGCAGAAAUGGAGCCGUUUGCUUGACUGAAGUCCACAAUUGUGAAAUGUAAGAUGCGGGUCAGCAUCAGUUAAUUGGAUGCAUUAGUAGUGUUUACUUAAUUUAUCUAUGCAUUGUGCUAUGAAUAUUAGUUUGUUUCAGGGGUCCUUCAUGUUUGUCAUGUCCAUAGAUGUAUCUCACCAUAUUCGUGCGUACAGAUGGAUUUGAUGGCCACUAAGCCAUCAUAGAGUUGGAUCAAUGAAUCCGCUUUCCUAGCCCGACAUCAGAGAGGAUAUUCACAUUUGCAUUUCAUGUAAAUAAUUAGCAAAUAGCCUUUAAAAAAAAGUCUAUAAAGUGACCUCUUACACUUGUGAAUCUGUGUUAAUACGGUUUUCAUUUGAUUUCCUGUCAGAAAGGCAAUAAUUUGUAGAUAUGUACAGAUGUUUGGGGUUUUUGCAUUUUACCAUUUGACUUGGUGUUCAAAUUUCAUUUUCUCUUUGGAAAUUCAUGAUACCCAAACACCAGGACGCAGCUGAAACCACGCAUGCCAGCUGUGCCUGUCCCUCAAGUGUACCACUGAGAACGGCUUUACCUGAAGAUGUAUUGAUAUUAGUCAAUGUUGCGACUUUUGCAUUUGAGACUUGCAGCCAUGUGUAAAAAACACCCUAGUGUUCCUUUUCUUUGAAAAAAAACAAAAAAUCUUUACAUGUCGUCUAUAUUUGUCUUGAUGGUAAAGGGAUGGCUGCUGCUCUUAAGUACGUGGAGAGUGAGUUUCUCUUUCAAUGCAAUGUGCAUAAUGCAGUAGGUCCUCUGAGCUCUUCUAGCUUUAGCAGUGCAGUGAUAUUUAUUUCACCUGUGGUUUGUACAAAGACUUAAGAGAACUGUCAGAAUGUAAAGGCCAUUAAGUAGAAAAAGUAGGUUUUCACCACCCUGUGAACUCGAAAAUGUGAUAUUUUAUUGAUAUCUCUGGUAUGAGACUUGUGUGCAAAGAAGCACUAAAAUUUAUUUUAUAUUUUGUAUUGUGUUUUGAAGUUUAAAAAAAAUAUAGCAGUUGUGGUUUUGAAAAAGAAAACAAGUCCUUUGAAAGCAGACACACCUUUGUGAAUAAAAAAACCUACAAAACUUAAAAAUGUUUAUCCAGAAAUAUAGACAAUCAAAAACUUCACUAUGAGAAAUGUUCGAGAAGCUAUCUUUAUUGUUUAUAAGAAUUGUACAUAAACAUUGCUGUUUUUGUUUUUCUUUUGUUAAACAUUAUUUUGUAUUUUCUGUUGUACUUUAAUACCUUGUGUACAGAUCCAGAAAUAAAGCUCUGGAAAAGGUUCAGAAAUACCUGCAUCUUCAUUACGUGGGAGAUGAAGCAAAAAAACAUUUCAACAGAAGACUUGGUUUGAU